AUGCCGUCACUAAAGGUCCUUGUCGUCUCUAAAGUUGUCGUCGCUAAAGGAGUUCCACCGUCGAUCCACCCCGAGCACAUGUCAUUUAAUCGUGACCGUUGGGCAUUGACACUAAAGGUGUCGUGUCCUUUUGGCUACCCCUUCGUCCCAGACGGCUCAUUUUGUACAAAUGCUUCAUUCGGGAGGUUGGGAGCUACAUGUGGCGGGACAUUGGUUUUGAUAAGAAUACAUGGAAUGAUGUUUCUGAAGCAGAAAGGGUUGUCAUGGUUUGAUUUUUCAGCGAUUACAAAUGAUCCUAUGGCUACAACUUAUUGGGCAUUGCGGAACAAUCGGAAUGCCGUGGUUGCUGAGGUUGUUCUACAGACUCAUCACAUAGCCGACUCUGGUGGUGAUCCAGACAACAUUGAUUGGAUCGCAAUAUUUGAGAAUGUGUUGGGUACACGAAGGAGGCACGAUGUUGAUGUGAAUACUUUUAUUCAAAAUCCGACAUUUGUGACGACCAUUGGAGACAUUAUUCACUCGUUUAAAAACCAAGUCAAUGAGGAAAACAACGAUGCGAAGGACGAUGGGGAAGAUGAAGAUAACUAG